AAUACAUUGUUCUUCCCCAAGUCCUUCACACUACACACCCAAACUCACCCCUUCCUUUCUCUCUCUCUCUCUCUCAAAGUUUCUGUAAAUUAUUAAUGGAGGUAUGGAAGACACGCAUUGACUCACGCCAUCGAUCAUGGCCAUCUCUUCUCUAGAUCCAAACCCCGCAGAAACUACCAUAUUAUAUUAUAAUUUCUUCAUUCUCUUUCUUCUUUGUUGAUAAUCAGUAAGAAUUCUGUAGUUAUUAACAAAAUGGCCAAUUGGGAGCUCAGAAAUUGCUGUAAUCACGAUCAAUUAGUGUUCCUCAUCACUCUCGCGUUCUGCGUCGUCGUCAUUCUCGCGCUAUGGAGAACAGUGGUGCUUUUACCAUUCAAGCUUGUCACUGUAUUUCUUCAUGAAGCUAGUCAUGCUGUUGCUUGCAAACUUACAUGUGGCCAUGUAAGCAAUUCCUAUAUGCAAAAGGGAAACAAAGUUGAAGGAAUGCAGAUUCAUGCUGAUGAAGGUGGAAUGACUCAAACGCGUGGUGGUGUUUAUUGGUUUAUCUUGCCAGCUGGAUAUUUAGGAUCAUCAUUUUGGGGAAUGGUUUUGAUCUUGGCAUCAACAAAUCUUCUUGCAGCAAGAAUUGCUGCAGGAUGUUUAGCAGCUGCUCUAAUUAUCGUUCUUUUUGUUGCUAAAAAUUGGACACUUCGUGGGCUUUGUAUAGGAUUUAUUAUCAUUCUUGCAAUAGUUUGGGUUUUACAAGAAACAACAAAAGUUCGGAUUCUUCGAUACAUUAUAAUGUUCAUUGGUGUGAUGAACAGUGUCUUUUCUAUUUAUGAUAUAUAUGGGGAUUUAAUUUCUAGACAAGUUCACACUAGUGAUGCUGAAAAGUUUGCAGAAGUUUGCCCUUGUCCUUGUAAUGGUGUUGGAUGGGGGGUAAUUUGGGGACUCGUGUCUCUUGUUUUUCUUGGUGUAGCAACAUACUUUGGUCUUGUGAUCUUAUCUCAAAGUUAGUGAGGCAAAAAUUUAGAAGGUGAAGAAGUUAAAAUUUUUAUAGGUCAAAAAAUUCAAUGCACAGAAUAGAUGAUGAUUAGAGGUGAAAGCUAAUAUAUAUGCAUUUGCUAAAUUUUGAACCACAACAAACUCAUGAUACUUUUAGCUUCAAAGUGAUUAUAGUGGUUUACAAUUUAUUCACAAAUGGUGUAUUUAUUUUUAAAUAUAAAAGUCGUGGUAAAUAUUUGUUUAA